ACUUUCUGAUAAGUUUGACUUUCGACAUGUGUCAGCAGUUGUCGCGCUUUCCGAAGUGAAGCGAAAUGAUCUGUCGAUUUAUUGGAGUCUGUUUGGUGCUAACUGCUCAGCUGAUACUGCAGGUCAGCGGACAGAGAAACGUACUCGUUAUACUAGCUGACGAUGGAGGUUUUGAGACUGGCGUCUACAAAAACACCGUUUGCAAGACACCAAAUCUCGUCAAGCUCGCUCAACAGGGAGUUGUGUUCCGAAAGGCCUUCACCGCUGUGAGCAGUUGCUCACCAAGCCGGUCGUGCCUGCUUACUGGUCUUCCAACGCACCAGAAUGGCAUGUACGGCCUCCACCAAGGCGUGCAUGCCUUCCAGUCAUUCCCAGAGGUCAAGUCGCUGCCCUUGCUUUUGUCUCAACAUGGCAUUCGAACUGGCAUUAUUGGAAAAAAGCACGUUGGACCCGAAGAGGUGUACCCUUUCGACUUUGCACACACCGAGGAAAACAACUCCAUUCUACAAGUUGGACGGAACAUUACGAACAUAAAACACCUCGUGCGGAAGUUCCUCUCUACCAAUGACACAAGGCCAUUUUUCCUCUACGUGGCUUUCCAUGACCCUCAUCGUUGCGGCCACACCCACCCGCAGUACGGCGCGUUCUGCGAAAAGUUUGGCGACGGCUCUCCGGGCAUGGGACGCAUCCCAGACUGGACUCCCCAGCAUUACGAUCCCAGUCAAGUCGUUGUGCCUUCGUUUGUUCCAGACACGCCCGCAGCGCGAGAGGACAUAGCAGCUCAGUACACAACCGUUGGGCGGCUGGACCAGGGAGUUGGCCUUGUGUUGGCAGAGCUGGAGGCUGCUGGGUUCAGUGACAACACUCUCGUUAUCUACUCUUCCGACAAUGGUAUUCCGUUUCCCAAUGGACGGACCAACUUAUACGAGCCCGGCGUCCAGGAACCCAUGAUAGUGAGCAACCCAAAAGAACCACGGUCUGCUGGCACGCAUUCAGAUGCACUCGUCAGCCUGCUGGACAUUGUGCCCACCGUUCUAGAGUGGUUCUCCAUUCCUGUUCCGCAAUACACCAUCUUCAAAAAGCCGGUCACGUUCACGGGCUCUUCACUGCUGCGGCUGCUCGCUCCACAAAGAUCAGCACCAGCAGAGUCGCGAGAUUUUGUCUACGCAAGCCACAGCCUUCACGAGAUCACCAUGUACUACCCCAUGAGAAUGAUACGCUCCUCGAACUUGAAGCUCGUCCACAACCUCAACUACAAGAUGCCGUUCCCAAUCGACCAGGACUUCUACGUGUCACCGACGUUCCAAGAUUUGCUGAACCGGACGGAGCGCGGGGAACCACUUUGCUGGAGCAAGACGCUCGACGGCUACUACUACAGGGACGAGUGGGAGCUGUACGAUUUGGACAGAGACCCGAACGAGCUGUCCAAUGUUGCGAAGAACGAAACCUAUGCCCCGGUUCUGUCGCAGCUCCAGCAGCUGCUCCUCAAGUGGCAGCAGACAACACAGGACCCCUGGAUCUGUGCGCCGCAUUCGGUUCUGGAAGAUUCGGGCUCAUUCAAACAGGAUCCCAAGUGUCUCCCACUCCUCAAUGAACGCCAAGCAGAGUAAAUUCUCUGAGAGAUGAGUAGAGGUCACAGAUGCAAAAAUGCACAGAGAGAGCGCUAAACAUUUCAUGUGUGAAACGAUGGUUGACGCUGACUGGCGAAUCUGCCAGUAGUCCAGUGUAACGGGUACAUCAGAACCAUUUUUCUGUGUUCUAGGAGACACACGAACAAGACAAUGAAAUUAAGUGUGUUGUAUUGUCCAUCAUUUUGUCUGUUUGCAUUCAUCACUUCACUAAAGCCGUGCGUCCAGCCCAGUGGCUUGGAGAAAAGCUAUAGCGGCUCUUGUUACCAGGGCUGCGCUGGUUGCAUUAGGCCAAGGACCUAAAAGAAACUCGUCCGCUAUCGGACAAGUUUUAGAGAUUUAGAGAUGCCACAACUCUGUGAAUUUGUAUAUACGCAUCUCUUCCUUAUACCAUCAUCAUUCAUCAGCCCUUUCCCUCCCCGUCCCGUUUCCUCAGUGUAGAGUAGCAGGCCAGAGCAUGUUAUAGCUCAGGCCGACCUCUCUGCCUUUCUGUAAACAAAUUUCUCUCUCUCUUUCAUCACUUCAGUGAUCUACACAGAUUGCAUUCCUCAUCACUGUAAGUCUACAUUGUAGCUGCAGAAGAAUACUACUUGGUCACGAGAAGCAAGUACAGUUAAACCUACAUAUAAUGAACUUCAACAUAUUGAAAUUCUCGAUAUAACGAAGUAUAUUUUUUCUUUUCAUAA